UCCACACAAUGGCAGAGUUGUUAUUCCGACGAACAACAUAAACAGUAGGCCAGACGCGUUUUUCAUCUUGGUAAAUUACAGGAACAAAAUAAAAAAUUGAAUUCCCUCUUAGUUACAGUUUUCUUCAUUUUCUCUGAAAACUAAAUCGCACUUUCUUUCACCCCUGAGUUACUCACUCUUUAUCAAAACAAAGAAUCUUUCCGGACGGCCGGUUACUUCCUUCCCCCUUUUCUUCUUUAUCUUUGCCAAUCCAUCCCCCCUCUUUUCUCCUUCGAUGGCCGUCUUAACCCUCAAUUCCCUCCCCCUGGGCUUCCGAUUUAGACCCACCGACGAGGAGCUCAUCGACUACUACCUCCGCUCCAAAAUCAAUGGAAAUCACGAAGAUGUCUGCGUUAUACGCGAAGUUGAUGUCUGUAAUUGGGAGCCCUGGGACCUUCCUGAUCUGUCGAUAUUAAAGACGAAGGAUCGGGAGUGGUUCUUCUUUUGUCCGCAGGACAGGAAGUAUCCUAACGGGCAUCGCUUGAAGAGAGCUACUGUUGCUGGCUUCUGGAAGGCAACGGGUAAGGAUCGCAAAAUCAAGUCUGGCACGAAAUUGAUUGGAAUGAAGAAGACAUUGGUAUUCUACAAAGGUCGUGCUCCUAAGGGAAAGAGAACCAAUUGGGUAGUCCAUGAGUAUCGUACCACUCUUAAAGAACUUGAUGGCACCAACCCUGGGCAGAAUGCCUUCGUUCUCUGUCGCCUAUUUAAGAAACAGGAUGAGAGUAUCGAGGGGUCAAAUGGCGAUGAAGCUGAAGCUGCUAUUUCAUCCCCUACUACAACUGAAUCAUCUCCGGGACCUGGAGAUUCCCAUCCAGAACAAAUACUUCCUUUAGAUUCUCCUUCAUUGCAAAGGCAGGCUGAAAUUUCUGAUGGAGUGCUAUCUGAAACUGUAGAACAUACUGAUGGUUCAGUUGACAUUCAUGGUUUUGAUUCAUAUAAUGUAGAAAUGGAUCCUCAUCCAGACGAAGAGAGGAAGUUCUCUGGUCCCGAGAACCAACCACUUGAUAGUAAACUAUAUUCCCCAUUGCAUUCGCAGCUGCAAGCUGAGCUAGGAUCAUCUGGCCUAUACUAUUCUGAUAGCAAUUACUUGAACUAUGGAGCUAAUCCUAAUGCAGAGCAAUUACAGAUUGGGGCAGAGGAUUUCGAUUUUAUCCAUCAGAUGCUAGACUCGUUUGUCUAUAAUUCGGAUGAUUAUGCACUUGAAGACCAGCAAGAAUCCAUGUCCCUAAGUGAGCUUCCUAACAAUUCAAUGGCAAGCUUGGACAACAGAGCAUUCGGCAAAGUGGAGGCUGACACUGGCAAAGCAUUGCAGGCUAUGCCAGACUUUGAAAGCUCAAUUUGUCUGGAGGUUAUUGACAGGAAGACUCCUAUUAUUGAUCAUAUGGGAACUGCAGCGCCAGAAGAAGGUCUACUUUAUAAUCUAUCAGGUAGCCUUCAGGAAUCAUACAAUUACUUGUCUGUAGUAGGAAACACGGAUGCUUCAACUGGAAUUCAGAGAAUGAGUCGCCGUCCAAGAAGUGUGCAGCAACCAAAUGAAUUUUCUACAUUUCAGGGGAUUGCGCCAAGAAGGCUACGACUGCAAAGAAAACUUGUAGCACCAUCUUCAUGCUCUAGCAAUACGUGUAGUGAGAGUAGUCGAUGGCAGGAUGAUGACCCCCCAUCAAUCUCAAGCAAGGUUAAAAAGCCUUCAGAAAACAAGACUACUGGAGGUGAUGGUGGUUCUGUGGCUGCCACGGUUGAUGUUGUGAAACAACCCCAGGUGAUGCCCGAUGCAGAUUCAGGUGUGGGCAGUAGUAAAGCUUCCCAGGAAGUGAGUGCAAAGUUGGUGGCAAGCGAUAGCCCAACGAUUGACUUCUUAACGGGCAAAAGAAGAUUGGUGACGGCACUGCUACCUUCAAUCCUUUCAUACGUUUCUGUAGUUAGGCUUGUAGUUGUAGCAUUGUCCAUAAUUUUUAUUAGCAUUUGGAAGUGCCGUAACCGUGAGCAGCGUGGGUACCUUGUCUCUCCCUUCUGUUAGCCUCCGUUAGGUUUUUUUAUGCCCUUCAUGGGGGAUAUAGAAAUAGGAUUGUAGAAAUAACAGCGUAGGAUUGUGAGGCAUGUGUGUACGAUACUUGGUUUGAGCCUUAUGUAUGUACGUCCCUUAGACUCGGGAGUCCCAUGUUUCCGUACGAAACGAUUCCACUGUUCACCACCUUUUUUCUGAAGGUAUUUUGUACACAUGUUCAAAACUUUUAAUGUACCUUUAACCUGCAGACAAUAA